CCAUUGCAAUAGCCAUCAAGAUUCGAGAAGCAACGAUGAGCGCCAAGCUGUUCGUUUGCCGCUUCUUGUUCUCCUCCUCCUUCUUGCUUCCAGUUCUUGGCGCUGCAGAGACUCUGCAGAGCUACAUCGUGCAGCUGCAUCCGCAUGAGGGUGACAGCGAGCAAAUGUUCGCCUCCAGGCUCCACCGGCACAUCUCCUUCCUUGAGAAAUCUGUGCCCUGGGAGCAGGAGGAGGAGCCCUCCUCGCGCCUUCUGUACUCCUACCACACCGUGUUCGACGGCUUCGCGGCGCAGCUCGCGGACGACGAGGCCACCGUGCUGCGGGCGUUACCGGGCGUCGCGUCUGUGCGCGCCGACCUCCGGAUGGAGCUGCACACGACUUAUUCGUACAAGUUCCUGGGGCUCGACUUCUGCCCAACCGGCGCGUGGGCGCGGUCGGGGUACGGCCACGGCACGAUCAUCGGCGUGCUCGAUACCGGCGUGUGGCCGGAGAACCCAAGCUUCGAUGACCGCGGGAUGCCACCGGUGCCAGUGCGGUGGAGCGGCGUGUGUCAGGGAGGGGAGCAUUUCAACGUCACCAACUGCAACCGGAAGCUCAUCGGCGCGCGGUUCUACUCCAAGGGCCACCGCGCCAACUACCCGACGAACCCGACGGAGGCGGUGUCGCUUAUGGAGUACGUGUCGCCGCGGGACGCGCACGGGCACGGGACGCACACGGCGUCGACAGCGGCGGGCUCGACCGUGGCCGGGGCAAGCGUCUUGGGCGCUGGAGCAGGGGAGGCGCGCGGCGUGGCUCCUGGGGCGCACGUCGCGGCCUACAAGGUGUGUUGGUUCAAUGGGUGCUUCAGCUCCGACAUCCUCGCCGGGAUGGACGACGCGGUGCGCGAUGGCGUCGAUGUGCUGUCCCUCUCACUUGGCGGUUUCCCCAUACCGCUCUUCGAGGACAGCAUCGCCAUCGGCAGCUUCCGUGCUACGGCGCGUGGCGUCUCCGUCGUGUGCGCCGCCGGGAACAAUGGGCCAGCGCCAAGCUCCGUGGCGAACGAGGCGCCAUGGGUGCUAACCGUCGGCGCCGCCACCCUGGACCGCCGCUUCCCAGCCUAUGUCAGGCUCGGCAACGGCCGGGUCGUGUACGGCGAGUCCAUGUACCCCGGGAAAAUCGAUUUGAAAAAAGGCGGGAAGGAGCUCGAGCUUGUGUACGCCGUCGGUGGGACUCGGGAAGCGGAGUACUGCAUCAAAGGGUCCCUGGACGCGGCCGCCGUCGCUGGAAAGAUGGUAGUAUGCGACCGCGGCAUCACUGGCCGCGCCGACAAAGGCGAGGCGGUCAAAGAAGCAGGCGGCGCUGCCAUGGUUCUUGUGAAUUCCGAGAUAAACCGGCAGGAGGACUCCAUCGACGUGCACGUCCUGCCCGCGACGCUCAUCGGCUACCGGGAGGCCGUGGAGCUCAAGAAGUACAUCAGCUCGGCGCGGCGGCCGGUGGCGAAGAUAUUAUUCGGCGGCACAAGGAUCGGGCGAGCACGCGCGCCGGCGGUGGCGCUGUUCUCCGCGCGCGGGCCGAGCCUGACGAACCCGUCGGUGCUCAAGCCCGACGCGAUCGCCCCGGGGGUGAACAUCAUCGCCGCAUGGCCCGGGAACCUCGGUCCGUCGGGGCUCGAGGGCGACGCCCGCCGGUCCAACUUCACCGUGCUGUCAGGGACAUCGAUGGCGUGCCCCCACGUCAGCGGCAUCGCGGCGCUCGUCCGGUCGGCGCACCCGUCCUGGAGCCCCGCAAUGAUACGGUCCGCGAUCAUGACGACGGCCGACAUAACCGACCGGCAGGGCAAGCCGAUCAUGGACGGCGACGGCGGCAGGGCCGACGUGUUCGCCAUGGGCGCCGGGCACGUCAACCCGGCGCGAGCCGUCGACCCGGGGCUCGUCUACGACAUCGAGCCCGCCGACUACGUCACACACCUGUGCACGCUCGGGUACACGCACAUGGAGAUCUUCAAGAUCACGCACACCGGCGUCAACUGCAGCGCGGUGCUUCGCCAAAACAGGGGCUUCAGCCUCAACUACCCCUCGUUCGCAGUGGCAUUCAAGAACGACUCCAUGUCGGCAGUGCUCCAGAGGACAGUGACCAACGUCGGCACGCCAAAUUCGACAUACACCGUGCAGGUUGCCGCGCCACCGGGAGUCAAGGUCAGGGUGGCGCCCACGACGCUGGCGUUCGUGGAGUUCGGCGAGAAGAGGAGCUUCCGGCUGACGGUCUCCGCACUGUCGCCGCCAGCAGCGAAGGACAGCGCGGAAGGGUACUUGGUGUGGAAACAGAGCGAGGGGCAAGGGAAGCACGUCGUGAGGAGCCCCAUUGCCGUGACCUGGGUGGUGUAGUAGCACUGCACGACAGCAGCCGAUCGAGUCGCUCGCUUGCUAGCAUCCGACUUUGCAGCGAGUGGUGUUAUCUACACACCUGUGUCCAAUUUUUUUUUCCUAAAUCGGACACCUUGAAUUUGAGUCAAAUUCUGAUAUGUGUGUUUAUCCAGACAAUGGUAUUUCCAUUGAUGUAUAAGAAGGGAGAUCUUGUCCCUGCAGUAAGCGGCAAACCUGAAUGUUUACGGCUUCAGAAGUUGCGAGUUUCAGUAGCUGAAGUCACCAUGUCUAAAUAGGCAAUGUUCGGGUGUAAACACAAGAUUCCUUUUUAGAUGAAUCUU